AUUUAAGUAGAAACGAAACACGAGGGUUGUUCUGUUUCCUAAUUUUCCAUGUCUGAAACAGAACUGCUUCUCUAUCUUCCAACAGCAAUUCUAGCUCUUAUUAUCGCAUGGAAUCUCAUCAAAACGAAGAGAAGAACACUUAAUCUUCCACCAGGAAACACUGGUUGGCCUUUUCUCGGCGAAACGAUUGGUUAUUUGAAGCCUCACUCUGCUACUUCUACUGGUGAAUUCAUGGAGCAGCACAUUUCAAGGUUUGGAAAGAUAUACAAAUCGAAUCUGUUCGGUGAGAGAACAAUUAUAUCGGCAGACGCAGGGCUUAAUCGGUAUAUAUUACAGAACGAAGGAAAGCUUUUCGAAUGUAGUUACCCUAGAAGUAUUGGAGGAAUACUUGGAAAAUGGUCGAUGUUGGUUUUGGUGGGAGACAUGCACAGAGAUAUGAGAAUGAUUUCUCUCAAUUUCAUGAGCAAUCCAAGGCUUCGAACUCAUCUAUUACCUGAAGUGGAGAGACAUACGUUGCUGGUUCUACGAUCAUGGAAAGAAAAUUCGACUUUUUCUGCUCAGGAUGAAGCAAAGAAGUUUACUUUCAAUUUGAUGGCGAAACAUAUCAUGAGCAUGGAUCCAGGAAAGCCUGAAACAGAGCAGCUGAAACGAGAGUAUAUUACGUUCAUGAAAGGGGUUGUUUCUGCGCCUUUGAAUUUUCCUGGAACUGCUUAUAGGAAAGCCUUACAGUCAAGAACAACCAUUCUUAAAGUUAUAGAGCGUAAAAUGGAGGAAAGGAUCCGUCAGAUGAAUGAUGAUGACUGUGAGAGACUAGAAGAUGAUCUACUUGGUUGGGUUCUGAAGAAUUCAAACUUUUCCACAGAGCAGAUUCUUGAUCUCAUACUAAGCUUGCUUUUUGCUGGUCAUGAAACUUCUUCAGUUGCAAUAGCUUUGGCCAUCUACUUCUUACAAGGUUGCCCCAGAGCAGUUGAACAGUUAAGGGAAGAACACAGAGAAAUCAGCAGAGCUAAGCAACAAUCUGGAGAGUUUGGAUUGAAUUGGGACGAUUAUAAACAAAUGGAAUUCACACAAUGUGUUAUUAAUGAGACACUUCGGUUAGGGAACGUGGUUAGAUUCGUACACAGAAAAGCUCUUAAAGAUGUUAGAUACAAAGGGUAUGACAUUCCAAGAGGGUGGAAAGUUCUUCCAGUAUUUGAUGCGGUCCAUCUGGAUCCUUCGGUAUAUGGUCAGCCACAACACUUCAAUCCGUGGAGAUGGUUGCAGAUCACAGGUGAUAGGGGAAAUGCAACAUCAUCAAGUUAUUCCAAUUUGACGACGACCAACAAUUUCAUGGCGUUUGGGGGUGGACCACGAUUGUGCACCGGUUCGGAAUUGGCCAAGCUAGAGAUGGCUGUAUUCAUUCAUCACUUGGUCUUAAAUUUUCAUUGGGAAUUAGCCGAACCCGAUCACGCUCUUGCCUUCCCAUUCGUUGAUUUCCCUAAAGGCCUCCCAAUCAAGGUCCACCAUCUCCACCACCACCACAACCUCAUACAAGAAGAAGUAUUAUACUCAUGAAUGAAAGCAGAUCAGUUCUCACUUCUAGCCUCUCAUGUUGGAUAUCCCAUUAUCCAAAUAUAUAUCUCUUUUGUAUAAAGUAUUAAAGCCCAAGAAGAGAAGAACACCAAAGUCAUUGUAAGCCAUUGUUUCAGU